CAGUAUGACAUGCAGAUGAGUGCCGUCGAUCUUAGAAUCACCGCACACUUCACUCAUUUGGGCAGUCACGGGGCCAAAACCAGAGUGUGGAGCCACAGUGUGUGGCGGUGGAGGCAGCAGCAAUGGGAGGCCAUACAGCACCCUAUGACAAAAUGGAACCCACCAGCAGUGUGAGGAGACCUGAAAGUGGCACAUGGCAGAGUGUGGCGAUGGAGACAGCGGCAAUGGGAGGCCGUACAGGGACCCAUGACACACUCUGGACCUGGCAGCAGCAUGAGGAGGCGGUACAGGGGCCCAUGGCAGAUGGCGGAGCAGAAGCAGCUUCAAUUGAAGGCCAUACACAGGCCUAGGUUAAAAAGUCCCCCAGCAGCAGCGUGGGGAGAC